AGCAGUCAUAUGUUUUAUGAUUAUAUCUCUGUUUUUGUUCUGCACAUGGUUCUGCAGUUCAACCUACAGAUUUACACGAAAUUGAUAACCUGAACGGAGAAAAGAACAAAAUAUUGUGAUUGUGCAAAUAAAAGCAAUAGUUUCCGUUUGACAACUGUUGAAGUAUGACAACCCCAGUGAUUGAUGACUUUACAAGUGAAAAUGAAUUGAAUGAAAGUGCUGUAAGUACAGCCGGUGAAAAUUCGCAGGAUUCUCAAGAAGAAACUGAAAAUAUAUCUCAUGGGGAUGAAGAGCAAAAAGAGAAAUUAGUGAGGUUACCCCUUGGCAGAGUUAGACACAUUAUGAAAAUGGAUCCUGAUGUUAACUUAGUUAAUCAAGAGGCUAUUUUUUUAAUAACAAAAUCAACAGAAUUGUUCAUAGACUCCCUGGCAAAAGAAGCUUAUAAAUAUACUGUACAAACAAAAAAGAAGACUGUGCAAAAGCGUGAUGUGGAAAGUGCCAUUGAAAACGUUGAUUCCCUUGUAUUUCUGGAAGGAACUCUGGAAUAAAGUUUCUAGUUCACAAAUGAGUUGAUAAACUACAUAUGUAACCUUAGUUAAUAAAUUGUAUACAUUUCCAUUUUUAAAGCUAUUGUGUGUUUCUAUUUUUGAUCAAAUGCUUUGUAUGCCUCUUGUCAUCAGUACAAAAGACCUAAUUGAAAAACAAAAUUUUAGACAAUAAAUAUUGUUAAUAUUAAAAAGGAUCUAAAUAUAAUUAUUAAUUGGAAAGAAGCUAUACUUUCACUGUGAACAUUAAACAAUAAUAUUCAUUGCUUAUUAAGUAAUUAAUUUUACAAAUAUUUUGGAACAGAAUAUAUAAGAAGUAUACUAUGGUUCCAUUCAGUAAUUUAUUAUAAUUUAGUUGUUAAAAUUUCUCAAGGUAUAUGUGAAGUAUAAACAGAUCAAUAUGUAUUGACCAAAAAUAUAGAACAGACUAAAAAUAAA